GGGCGGCGGGGCCGCGCCGGCAGCGAUGAGGGCGCGCGAGCAGGAGCUGAAAAUGGAGAGCGACGUUCUAGACGCGCUGGAGGCUUUGGGGUAUAAAGGUUCCCUGUUAGAGGAGGAAGCACUUAGCAAAGCAGUAGAAAAUGGAUUAUCUUCACCAGACUUUUCUGAGCUUUGUGUUUGGUUAAGUUCUGAAAUAAAAUCAGUGUGUGACCUGGAAGAAAGCAUCACUUCAACAGCUGGUGGGGAAGAUGUAGAGAGCUUCCAGCUUGAGAUUAGUGGUUUUUUAAAAGAAAUGGCUUGCCCAUAUUCAACACUUGUGUCUGGAGAUAUUAAGGACAGGUUAAAAAAGAAAGAGGACUGUCUUAAACUCCUGUUAUUUUUAAGUACAGAGCUUCAAGCUUUACAGAUUUUGCACAGCAAGCAACUUAAAAGUUCUCAUUUGGAAAAGAAUAAUGAAAUCUAUCAGGAAGUGCAAACUCUCUGUGACUCGCUGGGCCUAUCAAAGCCAUCAUCUUCUGACAUUCCUCUCUUGUUAAGCGACGUGGAGUCAAAGAUCAAGGACAUUCUUUCAAAAGUUAAAAAUACCCAUGUAGGGAAACCACUGCUAACAACACCUUUGAAUCCUGAUCAGACGGAAAGAUUGGAAAAAAUCAAUGAUGCUCUCCGCAGUGAAUAUGAAUGUCGUCGUCGGAUGUUAAUGAAGCGGCUUGAUGUGACCGUACAAUCCUUUGGAUGGUCUGAUAGAGCAAAGGUUAAAACAGAUGACAUAGCAAGAAUUUAUCAGCCCAAACGUUACGCACUAUCUCCUAAAACAACCAUUACGUUUGCCCACCUUCUUGCUGCUCGAGAAGACUUAUCAAAGAUCAUAAGGACAAGUAGUGGAUCGACACGAGAAAAGACAACCUGCGCUAUCAAUAAGGUCCUGAUGGGGAGAGUGCCAGACCGUGGAGGCAGACCAACUGAGAUUGAACCACCACCUCCUGAAAUGCCCCCUUGGCAGAAGAGACAAGAAGGUGGUGGGAGGGGUGGUUGGGGGGGUGGAGGUGGGAGGGGUGGUUGGGGGGGUGGAGGUGGCAGAGGAGGAGGUGGUAGCUUCAGUGGUGGUGGUAGAGGAGGAGGUGGUUUCCAAGGACGGGGAGACUAUGGGGGCAGGGGGGGUUACAGUGGCAGAGGUGGCUAUGGAGAUCCGUAUGGUGGAAGAGGAGGAGGAUACAGAAGAUACUAACAACAACAUUGUAAAUACUAAUAACUGACAAAACAUGGUUGUGAUAUUUACUGUAGCAGGAGGUGUGUAUAUUCGCAAUGGUUUAGUGUUAUGAUAGGAAAGUUAAUUAUGAUCUCUUUAUUAAUGAAUCACUGCAUUUGAUCCCUGAUAUUAUCACUAAAUCCUGUUAGUCAACUGAACAUUUUUUAUACCGAAAUGUGAUAUCUUAAAGUAGUCCUCUUUUUGCACUGCUCGUGUGUAUUCUUAAAGUUUGGUUUUUUUAAUAACAAACUUCAAAAAGGUGAAUAGAAACAAUGAAUUUUCCUUUUUUCAAUGUUACUAUUUUAUGUUCCGAUCUCUUUAAUUAUUGCCAGUCAUACCCAGAAUACAGGAAGUGAUUUAGGAGGCAUUUGGCUUUGUAGGCCAUACUUAGUUUUAUAUGUUUUAAAAGGACUGUAGAAUGCUGGUUCCUGCUUCUUGUCUUGUUUCAUACAGAGGACUGAAAGAAUUGAAAAAAAUGUAACAUCAGAAGUAAAUCUAAAAUAUUCUAAAAAUUUUAAAACAAAAAAAACUUCAUUUUUUUCCAAGUGAUGUAUUGAAUCCAUGCUAUUCCAUGGUCAACAAAACAAGGCUAUGCUAUAUUUAUAUAUAAUGUAUACAAAUAUUUCAAAGCCAAAAACUUGCAUUGUAAAAACUGAUUUGUGAUGAACCUUGAUAGGUAAAAUGAAAAUGAUCUGCUAAAAGUAGUAUUCUAUGAAACUUACUUUAAAAUCAGACCCUGUUACCUGUGUUGAAAAAUUUCCCCAACCAUCUAACACCUAGCCAUUCAGUCACUUACAUGGUCUUCUGUAGCACAUAAACCCCAGAAGGCUGAGUAAGAUGACUGCACUGAACUGUCCUGUUGAGAAGGAAAUCAGUCACAGGCUCUGUGUCUGGGAGUUGGUCAGUGGGCAAAGAGAGCUCAUAUAACAAUGCCCUUCUCCCACCUCCCCAAAAAUAAUUGCAGUUGCAGGGAUGAGAUCCUUUUUCUCCUCCAUUGCCUCCUGCCCCCAAAUACUACUCCACUCACUCUUUGUAUCAGUUUGGGUGCUCUCAUUUUGAUUGAAAUUGGUGAGGAUUGUAAUCAUGUAGGAUUUUUAGAGAUGUAUUUGGCCCCUUAAGUUGUCCAGCCUAUUUACUCUCCAGCUGUCGGUCAGCUUAGUGGGGAGGCAUUAGACAUGUGGCUACUCUUGAGACGGGUCUCUGGGGUCUGAUUACCACUAGUAACAUCUGAGUGGGCAGAAUCAGAGCUUUUCCUUGGGAAAGGGGAGUAACUUAUGUGGCUGAGGCCAAGAAGAAAGUCUCUCAAAACAGGGAGCAGUGUCCACAACUGCAGAGCACAGAAAACUUGAAGAGUUUCUGUAGCCUAUGUAGCUGCAGAAGUAGCUUUAAGCUGAAUAGGGCCUGCUUUUUGUUCUUAUGUGCUAGAGUUCUGAGGCUGGAUCCUUCUUUAUUAACUUCUCAUGAAUGUUCCAGUCUAAUAUAUUCUGGUUUUGGGGUCUCAUAUGGGCCCCCUUGACUCCAGCAGGAGCCUCAUGUCAUUGUAUUUGUGCCAAAAUAUGGCCCAAGGCUGUAUUCAACAUUAAAAAUGAUUCUCGCUCCCUCAAAUAUCUUCCUCUAAUCUUGUAAGAUUAGUUAUAACAACACUUAUGUUGGUUUUUUUUAAACUCCUUAUUUGAACUUUUCGUUUAGACUGAAUAUAGUUUUUCCCAGUCCUGACCUCUUCUCCUGUCUGGAGACUGGCUGAGAGCACUACUUAAGACAUCUGUGG